CAUGACCAUGACGCCUUUGUUAAAGUAAUAGCGCAUUAUGUGGACGCGAACAAGCCUGCUUACGGCAGGGUGUGUCGCGUUAGCAUUUUUGGCCCUGCUGCUUCCACUCGACGCGACAACAAUACCACCUGCUGCAAUAACCGAUACGCCAGACUAUGCCCAGUUGGUCGAGCGGUCCAGCAACCGGGCGUUCUUCACCCGCUUUCUCGGAAGCAGUGCAGCAAGCUCAUCACGCGGAGACUCUUCGUUAACUAGACUAAGGAGCUGGCCAGCGUUUUCACAAGCCAGCUUUGAGUGGAAUGUCUCUCUCAAGGCUUCUAGCUCCCUCGUGACCUCCAAGCUCUUCGUAGCGGGCGGCGUUGUGUGGGCCCUAUGGCUCGACCUGGACGGCAACUCCACGCGCGCCCGGGCGCACGGCCACGACACAGUGGGCGUGAUGCUGGCGGCCAGCUGGGCCUCGGGCUGGGCGGAGGACGAGGUGGUGGCGGUCAGCGUGCGAGUGGCGCUGCCGGCAGCCGACAAGAACCUGCCGGGCCGCAUGCAGGUCCCGCCCGACGUGGCCGCCACGCUGACCCGCAACGCCAGCGGCAUGUGGGCCGCCGACCUCAGCCGCGGCCUGCUGGAGCGGGGGCUGCUGGGCGGCGGCCCCGACUGGCUGCUGCUGCGCCUGCACCUGCUCAACGUGACGGUGCGCUGGCGGGAGGACGGCGGCCACCCAGAGGCGGCCUUCAGCAGGGCUGUGCGGGAGCAGGUGUCGGCGGCCCUGGGCGCGGACGGCUACGGCGUGCGGGAGGAGUUUGACGCGGCCGUGCGCACCGCAGUGGUGGUGACGGAGAGUGAGGAGGGCACAGCCACGGGCGCGGCCAGCACCUACACAUGGCGCGGAGCCACCUACACCGCCAACGCGGUGGGCGAGCUGCUGUGGUGGCUGGUGCACGCCAACCUGCAGUGCCAUGGACUGGAUGAGCGGGACGCGUACAUAAAGAUGGAGGCGGUGGUGGCGGCAUGCGACAUCCGCGUGGGACGUCUAAAGGCGCACCCAAAGGUGCAGGUGGUGGCGGCGCCCACGUCCGGCGCGGUGCGCUACCUGGAUGACCAGGGGGACGACCUGGUGCGCUACAGCCUGCCCUGCCGCCGGCCCGACACGGCCGGCAGUAGCAGCAGCAGUGGUAGUGCCGGCAGCAGCAGCAGCAGCACUGCAGGCGGCGGGGGGCAGCGGCGGUCGGGCCAGGAGCGGGCGGGGUAUGAGUAUGGUGCGGGCGGCGGCGAGGGCGAGGACGUGCAUGAUGGCGAAGAGGGCGAGGUGGCGGCGGCGUCAGGCCAGGGCGACGGCGCGGCGGCAGCGGGCGGGAACGAGCACGUCAGCAGCGGCUCGGCUGGUACCAGUGGCGCCGCAAGCACUGCGGCUUCAGACUGGGCGCAGUGGCAGCAGCUGUGGGCGGAGGCGGCGGCCGCGAGCGGGCGCGGCAAGCCCGGUGGGCCGCCUGGCGCCAGCCCUGCCGGCGGCGGCGUGGGCGACAGUGCCGUACUGGCGGAGGCGGUGGCGCUGCUGGGCGUGUUCUCGCCCUGGGUGCUGGCGCCGUGCCUGGCGCUGGUGGUGCUGCAGCAAGCGCGGCUGGCCUACACCUGGUGGGCGUCAGGCGGCGCCACGGCAGCGGUGCGGGCUGUGCUGCGCCGCGCUCUGACGUCGGGGUCCCCCGCUGCGGCCGCGUCCCCGGCGGAGGCAGCGGAGCCCGCUGGCCGUGCCGCCGCCGCCGGCGCGGCGUGGCCUGCCGCUGGGAAGCGGCACGGCGGGCACGCGCCACACCGCUCCGACCAUACGCACCAUGGCCAUAGCGGCGGCAAGCUGCAAUCGCAAAGCAGCGGCGGGUCGGAGCACAGCCACGCGCCGCCGACUCAAGCCGGCGGUAGGGGCGUGCAGGCGGCUGGCGGCGAUAGGCACGGCCGCGGCGCGGCCAGUAGCACUGGCGGCAGCGCCGGGGCCGGCGGUGGCAAGGGGCCGGGCUCGCCGCCGCCCGGGGCUGCCUCCAAGCGUGGCCUGGGCAGCUCCACCCCAGGACAGCUGACUAGAGGCGGGAGCAAGAGCGCUAGGGGCAUGGCUGCGGACCUGGCAUCUGACGGAGCGGCUGCGGCGGCUGCAACCCAGCCAGACGCGGCGGCGGCGGGGGCAGGGCCGGCGGCAGGGGUAGGGCAAGAAGGCGGGCAGGGCAGCAUUGGUGGCAGCGGCGGCGGCGGCUGGUGGUCGCGCCUGUGGCAGCCGCGCUCGCUGGCGCGACCAGCAGCGCCAACACAACAGGAGUCUGUUGUGACGGCGGGAGACAAAGGCGGGGCCAGAAACGGCGCCGGGGCGCCUCCUGCGGAGCAGGGCGAGGAGCAGGCGCCGCCAGCUACGGAGGGCUCGGCGAUCCGUGAUGGCAAGAAGCCUGCUCAGCCGCAAGGUGCAGAGCCGGUGAGACGCGGUACCAAAGUGAAGGCGAGCAGCUUAAGCACAGCGGUGCCGCAGCCGACACCUUUAAUUCCAGGCGCUGCUGACGCGUUGGCGGAGGCGGCAGCCGCAGCGCGGGGGCCGGUCGGUAAUGCGGCGGAAGCAGCCACGCCCUCGGUUGGGGGCAGUGCGGCGACGGUGCGGACCAGUGCGGCGGGGCCACUGCGGCCCCACACGCCGCCGCCGCAUGACUCGCAGCGGCAGGCGCCACCUGUUAGCGCUGAGCACGCGUCAACACCAGCCGCUCUUGAGGCAGUACCCAGCGUACCCAGCGUCGAUGGCAGGGCCGGCGAAGGUAGCGGCACCGACGCCGCUAGCCCGCCAGGUGCGCCCAGGCCUCGGUCGCAGCUGCAGCCGUUUGCGAGCGAUGCAGGAGCGGCGGCUGCCGCGCUCGCGGCCGCCGCCGCCGCUAGCACAGCCAGCGGCGCGGUCCUCACUCCGCGCAACAGCGGCCCUCUCACCAGCAUCAGCUCCGGCUCUGGUUACGGCUCAGGGCCACACGCGCCGCUCCUUAGCACCGGCGGCGCCAGCGGCGGCUUUGGUUCCGCGGCCACCGCCGCCGGCUCCCGUGGCCGUGUGUUCACGCAGCCGUGGAGCCUGGCGGUGCUGGCGGAGAUGGCGGGCGAGGCGGCGGUUGGCGGCGGGCCCGGCGGCGGCGGCCUGGGCGGCGGCGCCGGCGGCCUAGCGCUGCAGUACGCGUGCCUCAUGUGCCGCGACGGCCCGCGCGAGCACGGCUUCCUGCACGGGGGCAGUGUGCACGUGGGCGUGUGCGGCGAGUGCGCCGGGCGGCUGGUCAUGGCGACGGCGGCAGCAGGCGCGGCGGCGGCGGGCGCUGGGCAGGGUGAGGGCGGCGCUGGCGCUGUGGCGGGCGCGGCGCCGGGGUCAGGGGCAGGAUGCGGCGUGGUGUGCCCUGUGUGCAUGCAGCCCGCCGAUAGGCUGGUGGAGGUGAUCCUAUGAUACCGGUAAUGGAUUAAUUUGAUGGUUGCUUUGCCCUUGUCGGUGCUGGUUUGACCGGUUUGGCUGGCAGGGAGGCUGGUGCGGGCAGUGCUCAGUCAUUAGCGGUGGUCACUGGACUGAUUAGGGCGUGUAGGGGGUGCAUGUUGACAGGAUGCAGCUGGGAAUCAUGCGCGCGUGCAAGUAACCGACACCAAUGCAACGAAUGCCGCCAUGCCUGAAAUGGAGCAAAGGACAAGCGCGCGUGCAAGCGGCGUACAUACUAUUGUUUUGAUGAUUUCUCGCUCAUUGACGAUGCACUUUAAUGCGUUCACACCGCUGGGACCGCGUGUGAGAGCGUGCUGCCGCCAUCACAGACGGGGUGGCGGAGAACCCAUGGGGAGCAUGCUAAGAGGACAAGAUUUCAGCUCGUUGCUAUGCGCUGAACUUUGCUUGACGUUUGGUUGGCUGGACGGUCACGUGCGCAACAUAAGGGCAUUCAGUAGAAUUGGCUUGACGAUGUGUAUCGCAGCGCACCCAUCGAGCGCACCCUGCAGCGCACAGUUGCAGCCAGGGGUGCGGGGUGGCCAACUCGCCCCAUGUGAUCGGCAACGGCCGGCAACCGCCCCCAAUUCCUAGUUGCGACCAGGCCCCGGCCCGACUUCUUUGCAUAGACCUAUAAGGAGUACCCCAUAGAAGACCCUUGGCGCGUCGGGCGACUAUGAAACGGUGGCCGAAUACAUGCUUGUCGACGCAAAUUUGAGUCUCGGCUUGGAGGCAGGGAAAGCUGCGCGAUAGCGACCUAUGGCCUUGUUAUGUAUUGGAGGUCUGAAGAAUCUUUGUUUCAGGUCUCCGGGUGCCUCCUACAGGCAGAGAGGGGCUUCCAAGCGCACGGCGAGGUGCAAUGCUGAGCCUAAGUUCAAAAGCAGGACUGCGCAAUAGCAGCCGCCAGCACUACUUUGACCUUGACAUGUAACAAUCAGUUUGGGCG